AUGAAAAUUUCCCAGGAAAAUAAAGCGAACAACUGUGCCUCACCUUCCGAAAGGUGGAGCAAACGCGGCGAGGGAAAUCGAAAUAAACCAGCAGAACCGGUGGACCACGAAGUGAGCGACACUGCGAGUCUUUCGACCCAAGCAGGGGCGAGCUCCAGCACGAACUUCCAAGGGAGUUCUUCUUCCGAAGCAGAGCCAAACCAGCAC